AUGACACUGGACGAGAGGCACCAGGUCAAGCCCCAAACGACAUUGGACGAGAGGCACAAGGUCAAGCCCCGAAUGACAUCGGACGGAGGCACAAGGUCAGGCCCCAAACGACAAUGGACGAGAGGCACCAGGUCAAGCCCCAAACGACAAUGGACGAGAGGCACAAGGCGAGAGGCACAAGGUCAAGCCCAAAACGACAAUGGACGAGAGACACAAGGUCAGGCCCCAAACGACAUUGGACGAGAGACACAAGGUCAGGCCCCAAACGACAAUGGACGAGAGGCACAAUAUCAGGCCCCAAACGACAAUGGACGAGAGGCACAAGAUCAGGCCCCAAACGACAUUGGACGAGAGGCACAAUGUCAGGCCCCAAACGACAUUGGACGAGAGGCACAAGAUCAGGCCCCAAACGACAUUGGACGAGAGGCACAAUGUCAGGCCCCAAACGACAAUGGACGAGAGGCACAAGCCCCAAACGACAUUGGACGAGAGGCACAAGGUCAAGCACAAAACGACAAUGGACGAGAGGCACAAUAUCAGGCCCCAAACGACAAUGGAAGAGAGACACAAGGUCAAGCACAAAACGACAAUGGACGAGAGGCACAAGAUCAAGCCCCAAACGACAUUGGACGAGAGGCACCAGGUCAGGCCACAAACGACAUUGGACGAGAGGCACAAGAUCAGGCCCCAAACGACAUUGGCCGAGAGGCACAAGUUCAGGCCCCAAAUGACAUUGGACGAGAGGCACAAAAUCAAGCCCUAAACGACAUUGAACGAGAGGCACAAAAUCAAGCCCCAUAUGACACUGGACGAGAGGCACAAAAUCAAGCCCUAAACGACAUUGAACGAGAGGCACAAAAUCAAGCCCCAUAUGACACUGGACGAGAGGCACCAGGUCAAGCCCCAAACGACAUUGGACGAGAGGCACAAGGUCAAGCCCCGAAUGACAUUGGACGAGAGGCACAAGGUCAGGCCCCAAACGACAAUGGACGAGAGGCACCAGGUCAAGCCCCAAACGACAAUGGACGAGAGGCUCAAGGUCAGGCCCCAAACGACAAUGGACGAGAGACACAAGGUCAGGACCAAAACGACAAUGGACGAGAGGCACAAGGUCACGCCCUAAACGACAAUGGACGAGAGGCAGAAGGUCAGGCCCCAAACGACAUUUGA